CAAGAUGGCGGACAAAACACAAGAAGAAUUAGACCUUCUUGAGAGGCUUUUCCUUCGUCUCGGCGCAGCUCAAACAGAUGACCAACUGGAAAAAACUGUUGCAACUUUCUUGACUCCUCUACUGUUAAAAGUUUCAAGCAACAAUGAAAAUGUCAAGAAAAAGGUGAUGGAACUUCUAACCCAUAUAAACAAAAGGCUGAAAAGUAGACCCAAAGUCCAGCUUCCUGUGGAAGCUCUGCUAAACCAGUAUCAGGAUACUUCAGUCUCUUCUUUUGUAACAAAUUUCACAAUUCUGUACCUGAGGAUGGGAUACCCAAGACUUGAAGAAUCAAAGCAAAUACAACUGGUACCAGAACUAAUCAAGUGUAUGUUUAGAAGACCUGUGCCCCAGCAGGAGUGCAUUAUGCAGCUUGUAACACCAGUACUGAGUAUUGUAAAGGUAUCUGAGAGUCAAGAAGAGAAGGAUAGAAUGUUUUUAUUCAAAGAAAGACCAGAAGUGGCUAAGUUCUUCCUGGACUUCUUAUUGGAUGUACUGCUUUUGCCCUAUAGUCAAAGAACACAAGAUGCCAUCGUGUUAGAAGAGCAAACACUUCCUCCGUCAGGAGAGAAUGACAGCGAGAUGACAGUAGUAGAAGCCAAACCUCCUGGCCCACCAGCUGGGCUGAGCUUUGCUGCAGUUAAGAGGGUCAUGGGGGAACAACCUAUUGAAGGUGACAACCUAGAACAGGUAAAGCUUGGCAUUUUAAAGUUCUUCUCUAAAGAUGUCUUCGAAGCAAGUGAUGUCAUCUGCCAUUUUGUUGUUGCCACUGGAGAUUCUAGACACAGUGUGGGUGACUUUGCUGACCAUGAGCUGAAACGAGUUGCAAGUUCCACAGAUUGGGAAAAGGCUGAUGUUGUCAAUAGAAUGUGUUCUAUAUUUCUUGGUACUGUCGUCACACCUGGAUCCAAGGCUGUUGUCUCUGAAGACCACAAAAAAAGUCCUGCUGGAAUUAGAGUCAAACAGAAGAUCUUUCCUUAUUUACUCAGGUCAAGGAGAGCUACUGACCACUUUCCUGCUUGUAUUCAGAUUGUCUUUGAUAGUUUAUUUGGAGCACAGCCCAACUUGAAGCUCCGCAUCAACGCAGUUCAGUUCGUUCAUCAUAUGUGCCUGUGUAGUUCUGACAAGGUUCUCGGCGCCAUGGGACAAGUCCUCUUAUCAGGAAUGACCAAACUUGUUGAUCAAGAAAAACAGCACAUCAAGCUUCGAAGUCUUGCUUUUAUAGCCAUAGGCAAACUUGCAAGGCGUCUGCCUUCACUAUUCUCCAGUGAUAUUGGUCUUGUACAGAAGCUAUUUCAGUCAAUUUGUGAAGAAGAAGAAGACACUCGUCUAGCAGUACAGGAAACCCUCUCCAUGAUGGCACCAGCAUACAGAGAGACUAAAGGAUCAACAAAGGCUUUGAUCGAAGCGUUGAUCUUGAGUAACGUAGAAAAGGACACUCACCAAGCAAGACUCGUUGCCGUGCAGUUUGCCAAUACUGUUUUCCUGCCAACACACAUCCCGUCCAGAUAUGUCUGCAUGCUGGCUGUCGCUGAUGUUAAAGACGAUGUUCGUGACGAGGCGAAACGCGGUCUUCGUUUGAUCAAGGACCACAGUCGCCUUCACACAUCAUCCGCUCAACAGACGGAACAGACCCCAUCAGAUCGACUACCACCCUUCACUGACAUCGUCAACUUUGUCGCGAAAAAGGCUGGUGAACGACUUAAAGGAACAUCUUGCUACACAGCUGGCCACCUUAAGCUAGCCUUUUCACCAACGAUUUUUACUGAGGUGAUCCGUUAUCUUAGACGAUGUCUCUCAGACAGUGCAGGUGUUACAGAGGAAGAUGAAGUCAAUAAUGAAUCACUGGGUGUAAUAACCCGCUACCUACAGUCACUGCUCGACGAUAUCAUGGAUACAGAUAUUUCUACCUCAGCUAUUGGAAGAUACUUGGACUUGCUCAAACAAGCUCUCCAACCAAUUGGAGGAGCUGAUCUUCAUGCAGUAUCUCUCCACGGACUUCUAGAGAUAGUUGCUGCAGUACCAUCCAGAAUUGCUAAGUUUUACCACCAUCAACUUUACUGGUUAAAGGGUUUCACUGUUUCUAAUAAACAAGAAGCACGUGAAUAUGCUGGUCGUUUGUUGGGCAUUGUUGUCAGUUCCAUGGGCGAUAAGACGUUUGAAGAUUUGUUGAAAGAACUUUCUGAUUCUUUGCAGAGCCAGUCUUUAGAUAUCCAGCACGGGGCAGCCACAGCCUUGGGGUUCCUGAUCGCUCGAUACAUCAAGGAGCAACAAAUAAAUCUUGCCGUCCAAGAUGAUGUGGUGAUAGAAGACGUGGAGAUGGAAGACGAGAUGACUCAACCCAGCCAACCUUCAAACCACUUGACGGCAGUCGUUGCUAAACUAGUAAGCCUGAUCAGUCAUCGAAUACCAUCCCUUAGCUGUGUGGUUUGUGAUGCUGUGGGAGAGAUUGGACGCAACGGUCCUUUACCACUACCAGACGGAGAGCCACCCCCAGAAAAAGAGGAGGGGAGCCAAAUGGAAGUGGAUAAUGUGCAAAGUUCGCCUGAUCCUGGCACCAAGCUACAGGUAGUAACGAAGCUAUUGGACCGGCUGUUGAACUCCAAAGAAAACAAGGUACAGGAAAGAUCUGCGCAUGCGCUCGGUUACCUCUUGGUUGGAGAACCGCAGUUUGUACAUCGACAAAGACUCAUUGAUGGAUUGUGCGAGGCAGGAAAGAUUCGUCAAGUGGAGUUACAGUUCACAGUAGGUGAAGCCCUGUCGUGCGCAGGCGCAGGAAUGUUCUCCCAAGCAGCACGUGACCCAUGGACCAUACGACACAACAGUUCUGCCGCACAUGAAGUCGACCCUAAUGUCAUGAAGAAUCUUAUCGAGACGAUCGUUACCAAGUAUUCGAAAAAUCCCAUUCCAUACGCAAGACAGGCAUCCUGCGUGUGGCUACUGGCCCUUGUCAAGUAUUCUGGAAAACAUCAAGCAAUACAAGAUGAUUUGAGGCGAAUUCAAAUGACGUUCAUGAGUUUUUUGGCCGAGUUAGAUGAUUUAACCCAAGAAGUCGCUUCCAAGGGCCUGGGUCUAGUAUACGAACUGGGUGGAGAGGAAAGACGAGAGGAACUGGUGUCAUUACUGGUGGAUACCCUCACCACAGGGAGGAGGCAGGCAAUGCAAGUUACAGGCGAGACCCAAGUAUUCGCAGAAGGAGAGCUGGGUAAAGCACCAGAAGGAGGGGGCGGUCUUUCUACGUACAAAGAGCUAUGUUCCUUGGCUAGUGAUCUCAACCAGCCAGACCUGAUCUACAAGUUCAUGCAUCUGGCUAACCAUGAUGCUCUUUGGAACUCCCGUAAAGGUGCUGCCUUUGGUUUCACCUCUAUAGCCGCUCAUUCAAGAGAACAACUUGAACCUCAUCUCCCAAAGAUUAUUCCAAAACUUUACAGGUAUCAGUUCGAUCCAAACGUGAAGAUCCAACAAGCCAUGUCUAGUAUUUGGGCUGCUCUUGUACCAGAAUCGAAAAAGACGGUUGAUAAAUACCUCAAAGAAAUUCUAAAAGAUUUAGUUCUGAAUUUGAAUAGUAACUUAUGGAGGGUACGCCAAUCAAGUUGUAUGGCAGUCAGUGAUCUACUCAGUGGUCGUUCAGCAGAAGAUGUUCUAGAUUACAUGCCUCGUUUAUGGGAGCUGUGUCUACGAGCAAGAGACGGGAUAAAGGAAACGGUGCGACAAGCCGCUGAUGCAGCGUGCAGAAGACUCAGCAAGGUUUCAAUACAAAUUUGUGACGUCAAUCACGGUAAAAUCGGUGAGAAGGCGAUAGCCUUGGUCCUGCCGACUCUUCUUGAUAAGGGGCUUGGAAGCAGUGCAGAAGAAGUCAGAGCCAUCGCGUUGUCGACCAUUUUGAAAAUCAGUAAAAAUGCGGGUACAUUGUUGAAGCCUCAUAUAUCGGUUCUUGUGAUUGCGUUACUUCAGUCACUCAGUGAACUUGAGCCUCAGUCCAUGAACUACAUGAGUCUUCACCUCCACAAGAAUGAAGACGUCCAAGAAAAGCUUGAGAGUGCUCGUAUAGCCGCCUCCAAGAUGUCUCCCAUGAUGGAAACUAUUAACAUGUGUGUUCAGUACGUCGAUGAAACGGUUUUACCAGAAUUAGUUCCCAGGCUUUCAGAUCUACUACGCAGAGGCGUUGGACUGGGCACUAAGGUUGGCUCGUCUAGUUUCACGGUAUCCCUGUGUCUGCAAUGCCCUCAAGAUCUCACACCAUAUUCAGGAAAGCUUUUAAGUUCCCUUUUGUCUGGUUUGAGUGACAGAAGUGCGUCAGUGCGCAAGUCAUACGCCACAAGUAUUGGUCACAUGGUUAAGGUCUCAAAAGAUAGCAGCGUCGAGAAGUUAAUCCAGAAAAUUAAAAACUGGUAUUUCGAGAAAGAAGAUCCAGGAUUGCGGAUGGCUUGUGGUUUAACGUUUCAAGCCAUGACUCGUUACUCUCCUGAUAUCAUGAAGAGACACCUGACCAAAGCUUUGCCAACUGCUUACUUCGCAAUGCAUGAGAAAAAGAAAGCUGAUGGUUCGUUGUCGUCUUCAGAGUCAGUUUGGGAAGAAAUAUGGAUCGAAAAUACUCCAGGUACUGAGGGAGGGCUGCGUCUGUACUUGAACGAGAUCGUAGAGAUCACAUGCCCUGCUUUAUCAUCACAAGCCUGGCCUGUUAGAGCACAAGCAGCCAAUACCAUAACUAAUAUGACUUCAAAACUUGGGUCAAAUCUUAAACAGCCUCAUUUAGGUAAACUACUAGGCUCUCUUGUCAGUGGACUGACAGGAAGGACGUGGACUGGCAAGGAAGCACUACUGGAUGCCAUAAAGAGUAUUUGUAAGGAAUGCAGAAGUCCAAUGGAGUCUUCAAGUCCACCAAUAGAACCAAGUAUUGAACAGGUUGUAGACGCCAUAUUCAAAGAAUGCAAGAAGGAAAACCCAACCUACAGACAAGCAGCGUUGCUGUGCUUUGGUCAAAUUGUUGACGAGUAUUCCAUGGACAGAUUCCAGGAAAUAGCCGAUCUUCUCUUUCCUCUCAUUGAUCCGGAAAAAAAGGAAGACGAAGAAACCGAGGCAGAACAAAAUGAGACUCAAAAGAAUGAAGAGAAAAAGGAAGAAGAGGAAGAAGAUGAAAAGAUCGUAGACCAAGAUCUUCUUGGUGCAGUAUAUACAUGUCUCGGACAGACUUGGCCUAAGAAUAGUUCUCUUACUCAAGAGUCACUUGGAGUGAGGUUUAGUAAAAUAUUAUCCCAUGCCUUGUCAUCGACCACGUGGAAAGUACAAGUGGUAGUCCUUAGAGCUCACAAGUCUUUCCUUUCAAGAUUAAAAUGGCAGUUACCUCAGUCAAGCGACGUCAAUUCAAGUAUGGAGAGUGAUGAACAGAUGGCUCUAUCGACUUUAGAGAGCAUCUUGGUCCAAAUACUAUCGCCAGUGUGCGAAGGAUUAGAAAACAAGAAAUAUGCGGCUGUUCGGCUUGGUUCUCUUGAAGUACUCGAAACACUCUACACCUCAUUAACAGCUGCGAGAUGCUGGGGUCUUUUGUCUCAGGAUCAAAAGGACUUAAUACUAGACAGUCUAAAGUAUGUCUACAAUGAUAAAGAACCAAGGAUAAAAGACAAAGCAAUUCAACUAAAGAAAAAAAUCCUAGGCGAGUCCACAUAAAUGAUCAAUAGAUUUAUUUAUUUAUUUCGAGAAUGCAGAUGGUAUUUACAAGACAUUGCAAGCAUUUUUAAACCAUUUGGGCAUGAGGAAUGGUAUAUGGUAUACUGAGGUUAAUGAGCAGAUUGACUAUACACUAGAUGCCUUAUGCAUUCUUCUUCGCUGUAGAGCUUGACGGGAAACAGGUAUAUGUUUCUACUGCGGUUAAUGAGCAGUCUGACUAUACAAUAGAUGCCUUAUGCAUUCUUCUUCGCUGUAGAGCUUGACGGGAAACACGUCCCUUAAUCCCCCCCCCUCCCCUCCCCCUCCUGGUCCGUGGCGAAAAUGGCCUACCCUAAUCAUUGAUAUUACACAUGUAUGUACCAGCACCCUUUUAUGAAAGUAAAUAUUUUAAUAUUUCAUACAA